AUGUUCAAAAAAGGACAGAAAAAAUAGCAAGCUUAGCAAAAGCAGGUUUAAAAUAAAUAGCCUAAAAAGGUUUAGCAAGAAGAAACUGACUUGAUGGUAAACAUCGAAGAGGAAAUCAAGAGUAAUUAUGAAGAUAGCGGCGAUUCUGAUGAAGAAUUUGAAGCUGUUGAUAAUGGAUUCUUCUCAGGAUUAGGUGGAGAAUCAAAGGUAAAAGACUAAAAUAUAACCAAGGUUAUUGAGGCUACUAAGUAAGAUUACGAAUCUAAGAUGACCACUCUUGAAUAAAAGGUUAAAAGACGUUAAAGAAGGGUUAAAGAAACUUUAGAUAACAGUGAUGAUGAAGAAUAAGAAGAAAAUGAUAAUGAAAAUGAUUCUGAUGAAGAAGAAAUUGAAAAAAAGCAUAAAAAUAAGAAGAACGUUAACAAAGCUUCAAAUGAUAAAGUAUUAAAAAUGGCUAAAGAAAAGUUAGACAAUGAAAGCGAACAUGAAGAUGAUGAUAUGGGAACAUAGAUCAAUCAAAAUGCAAAUAAAAAGCUAAAAGAAUAAAAGCUCAACAAGAAGAAGAAGAAAACAUGGUAAGAUUUAGGUUUAAUUAAACCUUUACUAAAGGCAGUUGAAGAAAUGCAAUAUGAAUUCCCAACUAACAUUCAAUCUCUUGCUAUUCCUGCUGCUUUGCAAGGCAAAGAUCUCUUGGCUAGUUCUUUAACAGGUUCUGGCAAAACUGCAGCUUUCUUGAUUCCAAUCCUCUAAAAGUUCUACAGAUCACCAUUUACAAACUACAGCAAGGCAUUAAUUGUCACUCCUACUAGAGAAUUAGCUUUCUAGAUUUAUGAGGUUUUCACUAAAUUAAAUAAAUAUACAAAACUUAGAGCUUGUUUAGUCAUAGGAUAAAGUGCCAUGUAAAAGCAAGAAGCUGAACUUAGAGGAAAUCCUGAAGUAAUUAUUGCUACUCCUGGUAGACUUAUUGAUCAUUUGCAAAACUCUAGAUCUAUUGAUUUGGAUAACUUAGAAGUAUUAAUAUUUGAUGAAGCAGAUAAGUUAUUAGAUCUUGGUUUCGAAGCAGCAGCUCAAAAUAUUGUAGAGAAUUGUAAUAGAGAAAGACAAACACUUCUAUUCUCUGCUACACUUACCAGUGAAGUCAACAAGCUUAUCGACAUAGCACUUAGAAAACCUAUUAGAAUAUAAGCCAAUCCAGAUGGUUAAACUAAUGACAAGCUCAUUUAAAAGAUGCUUAGAAUAUAACAUGAAGAUUUUAGAGAAGCAGCACUUUUAGCUAUAGCAGCUAAGUACUACAAAGAAAGAACAAUUAUAUUCUUCAAGACUAAAAGAUAAACCCAUAGAAUGGCAAUUAUUUUUGGUCUUUUCGGAUUAAAAGUUUGUGAGUUGCAUGGUGAUUUAACUUAAAAUUAAAGAAUUUAAGCUUUUAGUGAUUUUAAGGAGGGAAAAUACUAAUAUUUAAUGGCCACUGAUUUAGCAUCUAGAGGUUUAGAUAUAUAAGGAGUAAAAGCUGUUAUUAAUUUUGAAUUGCCUAGUGAAGUUACUAGAUAUAUUCAUAGAGUUGGUAGAACUGCUAGAGCUGGUAAUGAAGGUAUAUCUUUAACUAUUGGUCUUGAUGCUGAAUUAAAAACUCUCAAGAAAAUGCUUAAAGAAAAUAAAGAUAAAAUGAUGGAAAAAGUUAGUUUGUCUGUUGAAACAUUAUAAAAAUAUAAAGAAAAAAUACAAAAUGUAGAAAGGGAAGUUGUUAAAGUUUUAGAAGAAGAAUAAGCUGAAAGAUAACUCAGAAAGGCUGAAAUGGAGUUGCAAAAAGCUGAAAACAUGAUAAAGCAUAAAGAUGAAAUUAUGAAUAAACCCAAAAAGACUUGGUUCCAAACUAAUCAUGAAAGAAAUAAAAUCAAAGAAGCUGCAAAGGCAGCUGCUUUAGGUGAAAAAUGA